UUGGUCUGUGAAGUAUUCUGCUUUUUUCCUGCUGCUCUGCCCUCUGAGCACCAUCCAGACGCACUGGUGUGUGACAAGAACAGCAAUGCGGACAGUACAGCGGCGCUCAAGCACAUCCUGACGGCACCCCCAAACACUUCUGCUAACAUUCCCCACCCAAAAAAGUGGGGUCCCUUCACAUUGGAGACUCGAGCCAGAAUGCCACAGGGAGCCUCCAAAUGAGAGAUACUGACUCGAACGAGAGCUACAAAAGGAUACAGCGAGUGAGUGAAGAGUUGGCGAGAAUCAGACUUUGGUGGAUUUCUUUUGCACGCUGUUGAGGGAAUCGCAGUUGGCUGGUUCCUGACCGGAGGACGUCUUUACACUCUAAUUGCAAACUAAAAGAAACACUAAAGAAAGGGCUACUAUGGCCAACUCUGGGUUUCAGCUUCUGGGCUACUUUCUGGCAUUGGGAGGAUGGAUUGGGAUCAUCUCCACUACGGUGCUACCCCAGUGGAAGCAGUCCUCGUAUGCAGGGGAUGCCAUCAUCAUGGCUGUGGGCUUGUAUGAGGGCCUGUGGAUGUCCUGUGCAUCUCAGAGUACAGGCCAGGUGCAGUGCAAGAUCUUCGACUCUUUGCUUUCGCUGGACGUCAACAUUCAGACGUGUCGAGCUCUGAUGGUGAUCUCUGUGCUCAUGGGCUUCAUGGGUAUCAUUGUAAGUGUGGUCGGCAUGAAGUGCACAAAGGUGGGUGACAACAACCCAUCCACAAAGAGCAAGAUCGCCAUCUCUGGUGGGAGUCUAUUCCUGCUCUCAGGUGUCUGCACGCUGGUGGCCGUGUCCUGGUAUGCCGCACAGGUGUCUGCCCACUUCUUCGACCCCAACACACCAACUAAUGCCAAGUACGAUUUUGGAACCGCCCUCUUUGUGGGGUGGGCGGCGUCCGUCCUGAUGAUGCUGGGCGGCGCGUUCCUUUGCUGCUCCUGCAUCAACGAGGACAGAAGAGGACAGCAGUUCUACCGGCAAUCUCAGCCCUCCACAACCAGAGAGGAUGAGUUGUUGAGUGAGACUAGUUUCCCUGACUGACCAACCCUCCCUGCCUUUUUUCGAGGACUGUCCGAGCUCUACUCUCUGUGUCUCUGUGUCCCCUCACUCCCACCUAGAAUACAAAUUUGGACACUUGUCUGUACGAUUGGGCUCCUACACCCUACAUACUUAAAACUUGUGUGCCUUUUUUUCAACAUCUGAUCAAUAAAUGUGUUUGAAAAACAAAGAGAAAUCGUCACCCCCGAUAUCUGUUGUGUGUGCCUGAAAACCCCUCUUUGUCUUUGCCUUUGUAAAUAUGUAUUAUUGCAGUAUUGUAAGUGACUAAAGUGUCAUUUGGAGCGGUGGAUCUAAGCGUUUUUUCGCUCUAACUCAAACAUGUUUUGUUUUUUCUUUUAAAUUGCAGAGCAAAUGUUAAAAGUUCUCCAGCAGAGAAAGGGGAGCAGUACUUGUAGUUUGGGCGACUUCGUGGGUCACAAGCUGUUAGAUUUUUGGCAACAGACAAGACACUCUCUUUUUCGGUAAUAGUAAAAAAAGCUCCAGUAAAAACUCAAACAUAACAUGUUUCCCUGUACAGUAAAACAGACAAUGCAUUCAUUACACCAAGCAAUGUCUUUAUUUCCAACCAACAUUGUACUGUAGUGUAAAACAAAUUUGACCAGGAGUGUGUGAGCCGCAUUAGCAUUACCAGAUAGUAUUUGACAUGUCAUUUUUUUUCCGAGUUUGUCAUACUAGCCGAAAAACAUGAUCACUCAUCUGGAGAGCAUUGAUUCAGGGUACAUUAUAAUGCAUUUAAAUAAUUAUGCAAAUCUUCAACAUGUGCAGUGUAAUAUACUUUUUGAGCUAUAACUGUGUUUUGACUCACAAAUGUCUUUUGGUUUGCUAAUAGUUUAUUGUGUCUUAUAGGGCUGCACAAUAUAUCCUCUAUAUCAAAUAUAUAUAUGUAUCGCAGACACGUGAUCGCGAUAAUAAACGUAUCGCAGACACGAGUGAUAAAUGACAUUUUAUUUGAUGCUUUGGUUGUUUAUCGAAAUUUGACCAAUCAGAUGGUGCCUUACUAUCUUUAGCCCUGCCUCCCACGUAGUUGCUGUUCAGGUAUUGGCUGGAUCAGGAGCUGAAAAUAAACACUAAUGGCGGGUAAAGACAACAGCCAAUCAGAGACAGAAUAUUCAAAUACUAAGGCCCAAUCCCAUUUCUAGACCUUAGCUCUUCCCCUUACCCCUAGUUUUGUGCAUUCAUGUGAAGGAGUAGGGGUGUCCCGAUUCUCUUUGUGCGGUUUAUUUAUAAACUAAUUUCGAGAGGAUCACGUGCUUAUGAUUGAUCACAGCUGGUCCCGCAUCAGCUUCACAUACUGCGCCAAUUAGAGACGAAAAAUCUUCGUCUUGAACCCAACCCCUACUUCUACCCCUUAUACUGAUAGAGCGGCACAGCAGCCCAGUGGUUAGCUCUGUUGCCUCACAGCAAGAACACGACUGGUUUGAGCCCUUACCGGGUCAGUCAGCGUUUCUGUGCAGAGAUUGCAUGUUCUCCCCGUGCUCGCGUGGGUUUUCCCCUGGGUUCCCCGGUGUCCUUCCACCAUCCAAAGACAUACAAUACAAGUAAAUUGAUUAAUCCAAAGUGCCAUCAUGAGACAAGCUCUAAGCCAGUUAUAUCUUUUAGCUAUUUUUAACACGUUCACAAGCAGGGGACGUUUCGUGACCAUCCUGAGCUCAAACUUCUUUCUUGCCCUUCAAACGGGAGGGAGCCCCAGGCUCGAGGAUAUUCUGAGUUCAGGGCUCUCUUCCAGGACAGCAUGCCAAAUACACUUUAUUAUCAAUCAUCAGUGAAAGCAUAAGGUUAAGGGGAUGGGCUAGAUAGCCUUUGAAACUGAGAUUUUCCAAGACCACACUCUAAACCAAUUGGUACAAAAAUUUCUCUAAAUACACCAGCCACAAUGGCAGCAUGACUGCACAUGUGAGUCAGGAGAUCGACAAAUUAGUGUUUUUUGGCAUUAUUAAGAACUUUUACAACAUACAAGCACAUGUUUUAAUACAUUCAUAACGACCUUCGUGUUUUACGAUCAAGCUUUUUUAAAAUUAAAUUUUUAAUAAAAAUGCUAAUUUUCGCUAUUUAUAUUCCCAACCCAAUCUCACGGCAAUUCGUAACUUAUUGAUUUAGUGGCUAAUUCGUAUGAAUUUGUACAAUCUAAUUCGUACAGUUCAGUACGAUUUGCUCAUCACCCAAUGAUGGUUGGGGUUAGGGGUGGGGUUGGGUGUCAAGCCUCCUUUUUAAAAUUGCACAUUUUUGUAUGACUGAACUUGUACGAAUUAGCCACUAAACUGACAAAAUGUAAAAUUCUUACGUUUCUUCGUAACAUCAGGCUGAUAAUCCAUAUUAAUAACUCAUGUAAAGCAGUCGGUUACAUUCGAAUUCCCUGUCAGAAACGUCUAGUGGCUGAGAAUGAGGUUUUUGGAGUGUCUGGUAUAACGUUACUGUUGUUUUCGUAUGUUUACAUAAAUAAAUAUGGCCACGAUGUAAAUGCACAGUACAGUUACAAGCUUAUUUACUCAUUAUAUCGUUAUGAUAACAUGAUAUUGUCAUAAUUUUGAUGAUUUCCUGAAGAUAAAUACCAAAAAAUAUUCUGACUGGAAUGCAACAGUCCCCAUCGUCUAUCACAUAUGAAGAGCUCGCAAUGACUUAUAACGACGUGUGCUGGUGUUGUACUGCCGUCCCAUUUCAUUCAUUAAUUUUCCUUUGGCUUAGUCCCUUUAUUCAUCAGGGGUCACCACAGAGGAAUGAACCUCCAAUUAUUACAGCAUAUAUUUUGCACAGCGGAUUUUUCCCUGCAGCAACCUAGUACUGGGAAACACCCGUACACUCUCACAUGCACACACAUACACUACGGCCAAUUUAGUUUAUUCAAUUCACGUAUAGCGCAUGUGUUUGGACGGUGGGGGAAACCGGAGAACCCACAUCAACAAGGGGAGAACAUGCAAACUCCACACGGAAAUGCCAACUGACCCAGCCAGGACUCAAACCAACGAUCUUCUUGCUGUGAGGCGACAGUGCUAGCCACUGAGCCACCCUCUGUCCAAUUUCUUAGGGGUAAAUUUGAAGCACUUUACACUUUGAUUCCAAGGCCAAGGGGAAGGGGUAGGUGUAACGAAGUUAUAUUUGAGUUGAAGGACCGGAGACGUUACAUAGGCGUAAAAAAAUGAAAUCAGGAUUGGGUCUAAAAGUAAACAGUUUUUUUUAGUCUGAAUGAGAAAUAAUAAGACUUGAAAAAUAUAUUUUACCUGCUUAUUUUAUUAUCAUUAUACAUAAAUAAGCGAUUUAAAAACCAUAAAAAAAUGGCAUUUUUCGAAGGAAAUGACAAAUCGUCAGAAAUAUCGUUAUCGCAAUACUUAACAACAUCGCAUACUUUCCCAAUAUCGUGCAGCCCUAGUGUCUCGUGUGUGUACUGUAUGUGAAAUGGAUCUUUUACCAUGUGAGAAAUCAAAUGUUUUCAUUUUCAUCUUUUGUUCAUUAAAUGUAUAGUGCAUAAACUGAGGGGUUGAUUUUACUUCGAAAGAGACCCACGUGCGACACAGAUACCAUUAAUUCUCUUCAAAAUUCUAGUGCACUUAUGAUUUGCCUUGGUGAAUUGUAUUCAACCUGCAUUGAAAGGCACUAUUUAUCACGAAUACUGUCUUUAAAGGGGUCCGCGGAGCGUGUGGGUUGUCAUUAGAAAUAUUUUAGCUCAUCUUCCACCAGUUAUGUUACCUAAUAUUCAAGUAUGUAUCAUCUCAUAUGAAUUAUCAAGCUUUCUGUUUAUCUGUUUUAAAAUGAAAUAAACUAUACAAAGAUA